AUAAAUAUAUUUCAACAGUUCAAUAAUAAUGCGAUUGUUGUGUAAUGAUAGAACACUCACCCCAUAAGAGAGAAUGUCCUGAGUUCAGUCCUCAUUGCGUCCCUGGUAGCUCCACACUCAACCUUUUUCUCUGUGUAGCUGUUUGUCAAGGUUGCUACACUUUAACCUGAAAGUGAAAUAAGAUUGUGCUUGGUUGGCAGCACUGGUUCUUGUUUUUUUUUUGUGUUGAAUUUUACCGCGCAAUUCUUGUGUUUUUUUGAUCUACUUUGAACUUUCCAGUUUUUUUUGAUCAUAAUGGAAAGUCAAAAUUUAUUAGAUGAUUUAACAAAGGAACAAAUACCAAAAUCUGUAUGUCGUGCUUAUAGCUCGUGUUCAGUGUCAAAGUACUCUUUAAUAACAGAAGGUGAUGUUAACCUUUGUAGGUUGUUUCACCAUAGUAGCAUAUUCAAAAAUAUUAUCAAUGCACACAUUAUUCGUCGUUGGGAGCGUCAUAGAGUUGUGUUAGACGAGUAUUCCAUUCGUUCAAAAACUCCAAAAGGUUAUAUGGGCCAUGGAGUAGAAUACGCAAAUAUUAAAGAUCUGGUUAUGUGUAGUGUAAAAGGUCACCAUUUAAUACACAUAUCCAUUCCAUCUAGCGGAACAUUAUCUAUUCAGACCAAUAGCGCAUAUCAACAAAGCUGCUGGUACCAUUCUAUUAAAUGGAAGAUGAUGUGUGUCAAGUUCAACAAGUUAUCACCUUCAUGUCCUGAAGAGAUUCUAAAAGAACUUCAAGAGUUGGUAUUAUUUUGUUUACAAACACCACUCGUAGAUUCAACAAUUUACCUAUUUCCAAUAAUUGCUGUUUCAAAUAUUCUGAUGGAUGAGAGUGUAAAAAUCAAGGAUAGCCAUAUAGAGAGCUUUAUAAAAAUAAUUGCUCCUAUACUAAAAAUCACAUUAAUACCAGUGUCGAUUUGUAAAUGCUUCCAAAAGGUUUUAAGAUUGCGUCCUAAGUUAGGCAUUAAAGAAUGCCUUUCACCGAUUAUAACAAUGCUGCUAAAACAAAAUUCAGAUUUUUAUAAGUUAAUCCAUAUACGGGAAAUAAUCCAAGAAUAUUUCUUUUAUUUAUAUGGAAAUAGUGACUCAAUAGUUGAGUUUAUAGAAAAUUUACAUACUUCUAGCUAUAUAUGCCCUCAUCCAAGGGUAAUCUCAAAUUUGAUUGCUGUAUCGUUAGCAGCCAUUUAUUCACUCUAUGAAGAAGAAAACAUACAAGAACAAUAUAAAGAUACAGCACUCUGUUGUUUUGAAGCUGUCUUCAAUACUAUAUUAAAAUAUGAUGACUGGGUAUUGUCACUAUCUAUAUAUUUGCAAGCUAUUCCCUUUCCGCAGCAAAUAUUCAAAGAAAAAAAUUUUUCAAGUUUGCUUAAAAGGAUUGUUUGGAAAUUUGCCACAGACAGUAGAUGUGAUAUUCACAACUUGAUUUUCCCCAUCAAUAAUAAGACUAUUGGCUGGAUUCAUCAUAUGGCCCCAGGUGGAGAAUUAUGUGAAGAUAAUGGGGAAACAUUUUGUCAAAUAAUAAAACUUUUUGUAAACUGUUGCUACAAGAGGAAACCCAUACUGCUAUCCAUUAAAAAUAGCGUUAAAAAGUUGAUUAUAGAGAUGGCCAUUCAAGGAGACGUUAAUUGCAUUCAAGUUUUAUUAGCUAUGCAAGAAAUUACUCCUGAAGAAGAAAUAUAUAAUGCGCUGCAGGAGUCAUAUGAAGGGAAGAAGCAGUUAAAACUAUUGCUUCAAAAAAAAUGUGAUUAUGAAAAAUUGAAAAUGAAUGGUGGUCCUCAUAAAUUGGCGCUUCCAAGUCAAUCAACAGAUGAAGAUCUCUUUCAAAUUCUGCAAACAGGAUUGUAUAACAAUAUUAAAAGUCUUAACUUGGCAUUCACUAAAGUAACUAGUGAAGCUGCAAAACAUAUAAUUACUUUGCCCAAUUUAAUUGAAUUGAAUCUUUGGAGUACUCCAUUUGGAGAUAAAGGUCUUCAAUUACUGGCAGAAAAUUUGCCCAAUUUGGAAUGUUUAAAUUUGUGUGAGACUUGUGUCACUGAUGCAGGACUGCAAAAUUUAGCUUAUCUUGAGAAGCUUCGUUAUGUUAACAUGAACAGUACAAAGCUGUCAAAUAAUACUUUUGAACUAUUAAAGUCAAAACUUACAAGUCUAAGAAUCGUUGACGUCGGGUACACUGAUGUAUGGUGAGAAUUGUUGACGUCGGGUACACUGAUGUAUGGUGAGAAUUGUUGACGUCGGGUACACUAAUGUAUGGUGAGAAUUAUUGACGUCGGUUACACUGAUGUAUGGUGAGAAUUUCAGCGUUAUAGAAGAUCAAAAAUGAUUAUUUAAGAUUUCUUAAAAACUAUAUUUAAUAAUUUUUAUUUUUCCAUAAAUUUUAUUUUAUUUACGUCCUCAUGUUUAUACACAGGUUUUUAUCAAAAUAUAAUAU